UUCACUUCUUUUCAGUUGUUAUCCAGAUUCUCUCUUGGUUAUAGGCUUGUUUUUAUUUGGAGGUCUAUUUUAUUCCAUCCAACCCCGUUUCUUUGGUUUCGUUUUAUUAAUUUCAUCGGCCCAUUCCCAGUUAAUGAUUUGCUCAGCGGAACCUCGUUUAAUGUUUUUAUUUUCGGGUCUGAUAUAUGGUCUAGGCCUCUUUGAAAUAUGCUUUUAAAAUACAACAAGUUUCAACAGCGGACGAAGCUGUCAGCCAGCGGCAAAGCGCAGAGAUCGACAGGAAAUGUGAAAGCAGCCAACGGGAAAGGCAAAGGACAGAGAAAAAAUAUCAAAGGUGUGGCCAAUAAGCGCAUUAAAUCAAUAGUCAAUAAAAGGGAUGAAGUUCCUUCUAUAACAGUCGAUCCUUGUGAUAAUUCAAAUGACUCCGGUUUGGGUUUUGAUCACCACCUGGAAUUUGCAGUCCCUAGGACAACACAAACAAGUUUCUUUGAACCAGAAUACUGCUGGACUGGAGAAACAAAACGGCAGAGGCUGGAUGUGAAAUUGGAAUGUGACAAUGCAAAUGACAAUUUUACUUUUACUCAAACAAGAAUUGUUCAGCCACCAGCAGUUGUCCCUAUCUGUCAAAGAGAGAGUAAAAACGUUUCUACUGGAAAAGGUAAACGUAAUGGUCAGCUCUUUGUCAGUCAGUCAGUUGGAGUCAGCAGAGAUGGCAAAGUUCAAUUGCAAAUCUUGUCUCAGCCUGAAAUGCAGCACAGGGCAAGAUACCAGACAGAAGGAAGCAGAGGAGCUGUUAAAGACAGGACGGGAAACAGUUUUCCCAUCGUCAAGCUAACAGGGUAUAACAAGCCAGCAACACUUGAAGUGUACAUUGGCACAGACCAAGGGCGUGUUGCUCCACACAUGUUUUACCAGGCAUGUCGAGUCUCUGGUAAAAACUCGACACCAUGUGUUGAGAAAAAAGUUAAUGGCACCGUGCUAAUAGAAAUAGAGUUAGAUCCUUCAAAAGACAUGAUCGCAACAUGCGAUUGUGUUGGGAUUUUAAAAGAGAGGAAUGUAGAUGUGGAGCACAGGUUUCCAGAAGAGAGUUCUGGGCGAAGCAAAAAGAAGUCUACACGUUGUCGUAUGGUGUUCAGAACAGUAAUCACUAAUGAUGACAACAUCCCGGAAACUCUUCAAGUUACAUCUCAACCUAUUAUCUGCACUCAACCUCCUGGUGUACCAGAAAUUUGUAAAAAGUCAUUGUCAUCUUGUCCUGCUGCUGGGGGACUUGAAUUAUUUAUCCUUGGAAAAAACUUUCUCAAAGACACAAAAGUAGUUUUUUCCGAAGGAGAGUUUGGAACUGACUCUUAUUGGGAAGCCUUUGUUCAACCUGAUAAGGAGUUUUUACAACAGUCUCACUUGGUAUGUGUUGUACCUGCUUACAGACAAGAACAUAUUAAAGAAUCUGUUGCAGUGAGAUUAAAUGUUAUUUCAAGUGAAAGGAGCAGUGAAGCGCAUACAUUUAUGUAUACUCCGAUUGGCACUUCACAUAUGCAAGCCCUUACUCAGGAGCCUAACAUUGUAAAUAGAGCUAUUGCUCCUACUAUUUCUUCAGUACCUGCAUUUCCGGGGCAAAACCUCCUUUUAGGAAUGCCCUUGAUGAUUCCUCCUAACCAUAUUUCAAUGGCUUCCCCGCCAUUUGUGGCAGAUGAUACGGCAAAAUGUAAAGAAGAGAAAGAUAUCCCACCAGUGAUGUUAAUGCCCCCACCGACUGUGCUUCCUUCAAGGCGAGGUUCACAGCCUAUGAUCAUAAGUGAGAGUUCUGUUGAAUUAAAAAGAGAAGCAGAAAGCCCAAGUCCCACACAAACGAUUCCUGUGACAGCCGAUCUUUCGACGUCGCAAACACCUUCAAUGGCUACACUUCGGAGAUUCGUGUCCACUCCGAACACACCGUUGCCAGCUCUGAGUGUUGAGACCUAUUUUUCAAGAAUUGAAAAUAAGCAAAUCGCUACAGAUACAAGUUCACCUCUCCAUCCUCAGAAGUCACCCACGAUAAACAUGAUCCUUUCUUCAAGAAAAAUAAGUCCCACUCUCAACAGUGUUUACACACCUCCGAUUUCCCAGCAAACUGUACUUUUACAGAAUGGAAUCGCCUCGGAUGAUAUUUUGAGACCUCAAACAUUACAAGAUCAAAUAACUGCAUCGAUCAUUGCCAACAGAGAACAGGAGGCAGCCAAACUGGAUGCUUUUGUAAAUUCAACUGCAGAAAACCACUUGAAUUCGCCUCAAUCUCUGGAAACUUCUCAACCGUCUGCAAUUCCAAAACAGGAAAUCAUCCUUAACGAUGUUUUAUCAGAUGUCACUCCAGUCCCAAUGCAAACGUCUCCUCUUAAUCUGAAUACAAAUGAGACUUUAUCGCCAUCUGCUCUUGUAUCAAUGAAACAUAUGGUUCCGAUGGAUAGCAAAAUUCCAUCUACAACUUUACCGAUUUGCACUCUUCCACAAUCUUCUCUUCCCAUAAAUACAGCAAUGCUGACAAACUCGCUUGUAAAUGAAUCUGGUGAUCUUAUUUUGAACCAGUCUUUCUCUUCAGGAAAGGAUAUUCGUACAGUAACCGAUACAAUCAGUAUAAAUGGUUCAUCUAUAUCUACCACAAACUUUAAUGAUGCAAAUGUCACUCAAGUGACAACCUCGCCAGAUUUAAUUAUGAAUGCUGUUGUCAAUGAUUUGUCUAACUGCCCUCAAUUUACCAGUGGGCAAGAACUACCUAUGCAGUCUUCAAUUAAAGAAUGUAUAGCCACUCAGAGCCAAUUGCAAGAUCCACUUAUUCUGCCUUCAGUUUUCCCAACAACAACCUCCGCAAACAAUAGCAGUAUUAAUAAUCCAAUGAACACUGAUUUUAUUGGAAGUCAGCCACUCAGAGAAAGCAGUCAGAGUUUAUCUAGUCCCUCUCAAUUCAGUGGAAAUCUUCUCAAUACAAAUUAUGUUCAAGAUGCAGUAAUCAGAAAUAAAGAAACAACCCAACAGGUGGAAAACAGUUUGUCUCCAAGGGCUGACAACAAAUUCACAUCGGAUAUUGUAUUUUCUCCUACAAAUGUCAACGAUAAUCUAAAUGUAACUUUGAAAACAACUCAGUCGAGUCCUCAGUUUACCCAGGACAUCGUAUUUACUUCGACACCAGAACUCCCUAUUGGAAGGGAAGCAAUUUCAGGGAUAGCCAACUCAGGUUUCCAAACUGUAACGGAAAAUGUUGAUAUUAAACCUGAAUUGUUUUCUUCAGAAUUGAACAAUUCCAGUUUUCAAGGCGGAAGAAACGGCCAAGAUCCGAUUCUCACCGGUACUCAGUCGUUAAACAUCACAAACACCAAACUAGAGCCAGAACAGACCACUUCGACGAAUACCUUCCAGUCUGAAGUGAUCCUCAACAGUUUUACAACCUCAGAUGGUCCUUCUGCAAUUUCGAUACAAAGGAAGAGCAUAGAUCAGCAUAUUCCUACCACUGUAAUAUCAGCCUCUCAAGUCAUUGAAAACAGAACUGCAGAAAUCCCAAAGGUAGUUCAAAAUGGGGGCACGGCCCAGGUGAAAAAAUGCGAAGAAGGGAUUCCACUUCCGCAGGAACUAACACAGAUGUCUGAACAUGAUCUGCUAAGCUAUAUAAACCCGAGCUGCUUUGACCAAGUUUGAAGGCGAGUCCAGCCAUGCUGAAAAUGUUAGACACCAUUAGUUUCUGCUUGUGUACAUUUUUGUAUUUACAUUUAUUUAAUUAAAUUAGUUAUUUAUUAAAUAUACAUUUAAUCUUUUGAUUGUGUAUUUGAUUUAUGCCAGUUGUAACUGAAUCAAAUAAUGUGAAGGACUGCUUCAAAAGAGGCUUUUUUCUUUUUUUAAAUGUGCAAUUUUAAAAACCAGAAAUUGUAAAGAAUAAUCAUUGAAUUUUUAUUACAUAUAUUCAGUAUUUAUAUUUUUUGAUAUUAUUACAGUGAUUUUGUGAUUGAGAACAAUGUACAAAUGAAUUUAAAAAAAGCAAAGCAUCACAUCACUUUCUAGGACCAAAAUUUUUUAAACAAUUCAAAGCAAAGUUUAUGAAAAGUAUUAAAACAUGAAUCCAUCUAGCAUCAAUAUUAUUUGGUCUUUGUGUACAAAAUUUAUUUAUCAAAUCUGUUAAGCAUUAAUGUAAUGAAUAUAUAAUAUUCAUAAAUAUAAAGUUUGUACUCCAAGAGAUAUUAAUGUCUUAGAAAUUUAUUUGCUCAUUUGUUUUAAAUUAUUUAUAAUUUAUGUAAAGAACAUUGUAUCUGUGUAGAUAAUUAUAUCUACCUUUGUUAAAAAUAUUUGAAUAUUAUUUUGUUGAAUUAUUUUUGUUUUAUUUUAGAGAUUUGAGAGGUAUAUAUUGCAUAUAUUUGUAUAUAAAAAUUCUGAGAAAGAAAAGAAAAUGAAAGAUAUUCUUAUAGAUUUUAUGUUAAAUUGAAAUUUGUUAUUAUUUGUAUACAUUCUCUUAACAAAGCGUUGGCACAGAUGAUUAUUAGAAAAAUAGUAUUUACCUUGGUAAAUUCUUUUUUACUUCUGUUUGUGAGCUAUAUGAAAUAUAGAUGUGUUGUUUAAAAUUGUA